GAGGAGAGGAGGGGAUUAGGCAGACGGGCGCCCCUCCCCCUCCCCGCCAAUGUCACCUCCUGGCGCCCAGUCGAGUCCCCCACCCGGGGGCCAGGAUUACCCUCCGAGAUCCAGGCCACGGCAGAUGACAUCACUCCCAGCCAGGGCUUAAAAUCUCCCCAUGUGAGGGGACCCGUUUCCUUCAGCCCCUGCUGUCUGAUGACUCCAUCCCCGGGCCCCCCAGGAGAGCCCCGUCCCCACUCUCUGAAGGCCCCCUGACCUGGGCCCCAGCAUCCCCGAAGAUCAUGAUGGCGUAUAUGAACCCGGGGCCCCAUUAUUCCGUCAACGCCUUGGCCCUGAGUGGCCCCAGUGUGGAUCUCAUGCACCCAGCUGUGUCCUACCCCAGUGCCCCAAGAAAGCAACGGCGGGAACGGACCACCUUCACGCGAAGCCAGCUGGAAGAGCUGGAAGCCCUGUUUGCCAAGACUCAGUACCCGGACGUGUAUGCCCGUGAGGAGGUGGCUCUGAAGAUCAACCUGCCUGAGUCCAGGGUUCAGGUUUGGUUCAAGAACCGCAGGGCUAAAUGUCGGCAGCAGCGGCAGCAGCAGAAACAGCAGCAGCAGCCCCCAGGGGCGCAAGCCAAGGCUCGUCCUGCCAAGAGGAAGGCAGGCACAUCCCCGAGGUCCUCCACGGAUGUCUGUCCAGACCCCCUGGGCAUCUCAGAUUCCUACAGCCCCCCUCUCCCUGGGCCCUCGGGCUCCCCCACCACGGCAGUGGCCACGGUGUCCAUUUGGAGUCCGGCCUCAGAGUCCCCUUUGCCCGAGGCGCAGCGGGCAGGGCUAGUGGCCUCGGGCCCCUCUCUGACCUCAGCGCCCUACGCCAUGACCUAUGCCCCUGCUUCUGCUUUCUGCUCUUCUCCCUCAGCCUAUGGGUCGCCGAGCUCCUAUUUCAGUGGCCUGGACCCCUACCUGUCUCCCAUGGUGCCCCCACUGGGGGGCCCGGCCCUCAGCCCCCUUUCAGGCCCCUCCGUGGGGCCCUCCCUGACCCAGUCCCCCACCUCCCUGUCAGGCCAGAGCUAUGGCACUUACAGCCCUGUGGACAGCUUAGAGUUCAAGGACCCCACGGGCACCUGGAAAUUCACCUACAAUCCCAUGGACCCCCUGGACUACAAGGAUCAGAGUGCCUGGAAGUUUCAGAUCUUGUAGAAGACCCUCCUCUCUCCAUCUCUUGUCCCCCCUGCACAUUGUCCCAACCUGCCCUGGGACAGCAUCCCGGGGGAAGUGGCAGAAGUCCUUCCAAAGGUCACGGCCUCUUUGGCUCCAGUGACCAACACAGUCCACCCCUUUCCUCCCGGGGAGCUCGAUAGGUCUUAGUCAUCCUCUCAACCCCAAGGUGGUCUCAUUCGGAGUCCAGCCGGCAUUUCAAACCGUGAGCCCCAGACUCCAGAAACUGGUGCUGAGAAUUCACCCUGAGAUGAAAUUAAACCAAACUUGCAGUUGACCCGGGGUGUGUAGGUCAGAAAAUCACAGUGCUGUUGAACAAACAGGUAGGGAGGCUGGAUUCCUUAACUUUCCAUUCGGGGACACUUCUGUAGCUCAUGGGUAGAGAUCCUUCUAGAAAUUCCAAAGACAGACUUUACGAAGCCCCAGGAUGGAACCUUUAGACCAACUAUACUGUUAAGUUCAGCAAUUCAUUUGGCAAUUUUCCAGAUUUCACAGAUGUCAGGUUUACAUGAUAGGUUUAGGGGGCUACACACACACACACACACACACACACACACACACACGUAUUUUCUUCUUGUUAGUUUCUUCUUAAAGACAUUUCAUCAUUCAUUCACGACACUGGAAAUGGGCAUAUCUGGUGGAAGAAUGGAAGGCAAGUUGCCUGUUUCACGUCUGGUUUGUUUUCUUUCGUUUUAGCAUUUUUUUUAAAGGUGAACUUCACCUAAACACUGGAAGAAUCACGGUUGCUGCAUGGGUACACCGGCUAUGACUGUGGCUAUUUCCAAGAGAAGAAGAGGUGGACAGGCUUCCCACCUGUAAAUAUACAAGAGACGGGCGUGGGGCAAGAGAAAUGGAUUUGGGGGCAGCCCCACAUCCCACACUCACACUCCCUCUUUUAGAGGUUUUGUUUUCAGUUUCGACUGUGGGGUUGGACUAUAAAUAGAGCUUGGCCUGGGAGAUUUUCCUGGGGCAGCACUGUAUUUCUUUGAAUACAGCCUGACCCAUGGCCACAGAGACAAGCAGUGUAAGAAUCUGAAGAAGGAUGCAGGCAUUCCAACACUCUUGGAAGUUUGGUACUUUGGCACCUAUUUUCUCAAUCUGAGUACUUUUAUUUUUGGGUGGGGGAGGCAGGAGCCACGAGCCAUUCACUGGUGGGUUUCACGAGGCCAGGAGUGAAAGAAAGUAGUGUGGGAAGGAAGUGGUAUGCUGGGAGGUGCUUAACAACGGGCUCCGGAAGGAAGAGGAAAUCCUGGUUUGUCGUUGUUGCCCAUUUCUGUGGUGUAAAUACUCCCACUGUGGCUGAUGUCAAGGCAUCAGGCUGAGGUCCCUGAACUUAGGAAGAGACACUUACCGUCUGUGCUCACUAGCCAGGACAAGCUGGCUCCAGGCCCCCAGGGCGGAAAGCAAGGUCAGGAGAAGGGGCACGAUGCAAAGAGAGACUGGGUGGCAUCAGAUGAUGCCAGGUCAGGAGGAACUAUGAGCGGCACCCUGAGAUCACUAGAGCCCCCAAAGAUGGCUUACGCAUCGUCUCUCCUGGGUCUGAGUCAUGCUGGGACAUUAGACCCAGAAUCCACUGUGGAAUCGAUAUCUAAACAGAGAAAGACAACAUAUAUUGACAUACGGGACGGAUGUCAAUCCCCUGAUCCAGGCGAAAAUUUGCCAGGGAGGGGCAGGUAGGAGACGGCACUGUGCUCUGGAUCUGUGUAAACACUGGGACCAGGAUGCAGUGUCCAUUAGGCAUUUUGCAGCGGCUCCCACCCUUUUUGCUGGAGGCUGGGGUCUCAAGUGUGAGUAGAGUCUCUCCCUGCCUCACCAAGUUCUCCAUUCACAGAGGAGGGCGUGUCUUAUGCAAAUGAUUCAGAGGCAGUAAUAGAAUCUGGGCGGGGGGGCCACAGACACAGGCCAAUGGGAGUAAGACUCUAAGAGCGCCCCCCCACCAACACCUUCCUGGGGUCUUCUGAGAGUUCUCUAGGAGUUGGACAGAGGAAGGAGUCAAAUCUUUCAGGAGAUUCCAGGUUCCUUCUCCUGGGCCAGUCUUCUGAAGGCUGGUUCUUCAGCUGUCCCUUAGGGAUUCCUAAAGCCAGGAACAGUGUCAAAGGAAGUGGGGGCAGAACAAGAGGGCUCCCUAAUUCUGUGUCGGUCCUCUGUCCUCCCCUUGCCCACUCACUGGAGCUCCAGGUCUCCCUUCGCUGGCCACCUGUGGAGUGAAAAUGAUUAAAAUGUUGGAUCCUGAUUAAAGUCUGUUUGAUUUUU